AUGGUGGAUUUGAAGGGGUCCACGGCGUCGUCCACGACCACGGUCCUUGACGAAACAAGCGAUAAGCCGAUUCCUGAACUGUCUACAUAUGUGGCAACCGAUGCCCAGGAUGUUAUGGACGCACAUCGACUCGUCGCAGACUCCGUUGCGCAACAACGGCAGCUCGCCGCUCGCGCGGUUAUUUUCCAUCCAGUGUGGCUCGCGGCGAUGCUGGCUGUAUUUGCCGUGGUGUACAAAGUUCUGUAUCAAGAGUGGUCGGAUCUUGCCUUGGUGGGAACUACGGGAGCGGGCUGUGUGAUGGCUGGGUUGAUGGUGGUGCGUGUGUGUACGGGCGGCUACAUCGAUCACGCCGAGCAGGUCGGCACGCGGGCUUGGUUGGAUGGACCAGAAGCCGAUUCGUGCGAGCAGAAGAUCCUUGUGACCAAGUUUGGCGACACUAUCAUCGGAGCCCUGAUCAUUAAGGGAGUGCGAGAUGGUCGCAAGAUUCACGGCGUGAUCCGGGCAUGGACUGUUUUGCAGCGAUACCGUGGCAAGGGUGUCGGGAGGGGGUUGUUGGAGGAAGCUGUUCAGCUUUGCCAGACCAAGCGGUGGCGAGGACCUGAGUUUGAUGACGAUCAUGCGAAUUCGAAGCUGGUCUUAUACUCGCUGUUCAAUGGUCCCUUUGAGAGUCGAGAAAGGUGGGCACGACGUGAACUGCGCCGGCUUCGCCCAGGAAACUGA